AACAUUAUUGGUGAGUUUAGAUGAAAAAGUUGUUUCAUUUCACAAAAUGAAAUCCAAAGAAAAUAAGAAAUUGAAGGCAGUCCAAAAGAAUCGGCCAUCGUUUCCGGAGGCACCUUCCUUUUCCAACGCCCAUUCCUCUGUUCCCCCGAACCGCAUAAAUAAAUACUCCUUCCCCUCUCUUCCCUCCCCUUCCCCCUCAACCCUCCUCCUUCUCCCAUGCCUUUUCUUCCUCGCCUUUCCACCUAAAUGCUCCUCUUCUUCUCCGGUAUCUUCUUCCUUCUUUCUUUCUUUCUUUCUUUCUGCAUUUUCUGCGCUUGGAUUCGCCUCACUCUUCCACCUCUCCUCCAUUUUUGUACAAUUCCUUGUCUUUAUUAUAAUUCUUCAUCCAUUCCAUUUCAGACAUUGUAAAACACGUUUUCCUCAAAUUCGAAUUUUAACCUCACCGUUUCCUGUUCUCUUGACCCUUUUUUUUCCUCCUUUAUUGUCAAUCAGGUAAUAUCAUCAUUGUUGUUCCCUUGCGUUGCAUUGCAUUGCAACCUUCUUACAGACUUUGAUUCUGGUUUUGAAUCUCAAUGUGAGGAACGAAUGGUGAGAGGGAAUUUUAGUCUCUUGUACAUGAUUUGAUGAAUCAAAUGGAUCCUGCUCUGAUUAUUAUUGUUUCUUUAUUUGUUGGUUGUAUGGAGCAUGCUUGUGUUUCUCUUUCUUUCUUCUUGCUAUAGUACAGCCUUUCCUUUUCUUUCCUCUACUUGAUUUUCUACUUUGAGCUUUUUACUAUUUUAGUUUGUGUUAGUGUCAUUCACAACUAUUCUAUUACCGGCGAUUUCAACUUCUAGGUAGUGGUGUUCUGAUGAGAAUAGUGUUUCUGGAAUUUGACACAGCGAGUUCUGUCCUGGGGUUCUGUUCAAUUGUGGUGAACGUCUAGAAAUGGAUGAAAACGGUGGGAUCAAGUUGACUGGAAUCCGCCAGAUUGUGAGGCUGAAAGAGACUCUCCAACACUGGCAAGGCGUCGCAAUUAACCCGAUAUCCAAAGCAGCAGCCCAUGAAAAUCCAAGCCAAAAUAUAAAUCAAAAUAAUGGGAUCCUUUCACCAGCAAUCAACAAAAGGCUGACGAAUGUUUUGUGUUGUGAUUCGGAUGAGGAGAGCUGCCAGAGCCCUGAGCAUCCACCCGACGUACCAAAAGGGUACUUGGCUGUUUAUGUUGGGCCGGAGCUUCGGAGGUUCAUCAUUCCCACUAGCUAUCUUAGCCAUUCGGUGUUCAAGGUGUUGCUGGAAAAGGCAGAGGAGGAGUUUGGAUUUGAUCAUAGCGGCGGCCUCACAUUCCCAUGCGAGAUCGAGACCUUCAAAUACCUUCUCAAGUGCAUGGAAAGCCAGCACAAGGAUCAUCCUGAUGACCACACCCCAGCUGGGAGUUCCUUAACCAUGGAAGGAUAAAAAAAAAUGGUUGUGAUCCACAGCAGAGGGGGCGCUGUUUGCAAAGGCAGAUGGAUGUGUGUGUGCCUGCCACACAUGAGAUAUGUUGUGAAAUUGAAGUGUUGUGGUUUUGGUUUUGGUUUGGAGUCAGAAAAAUUAGGGAUGUGUUUAAGUAGUAGUUAGAAAGGUGGAGGAUUAAUGUACCGUUUGCUUUGGUUUGCUUUGUUUUUGCUUUUGCUUUUGUUUUUGGGAAUACCCUCUAAGGGGAGAUGUGAACUUCCAUUUGCUUCCCUGUAUUUGAAUGUGAAGCACAUGAUUGUUUGACCACACAAUAUGGAUUUGUUUCAUUUCCAAAUAUUCUCA